UUUCGUCGGGAAACGGUAACCAGAUGACGUGAUUCGAAGGAAAAAAGACCCAAUCAACAAAUCCAUAACGCACAGAUUGGCAAAAACAACGUGUAGAUUUUACGAGGAAAAUGGCAUAAAAUCGCAGUAUGUUUAUCGUUUGGAAAAUGGUGUGAUAUAUCGUUGAAAAAUCGUUUGAGUGGAGACAAACAAACCUAAUUUGAUUAAAUUCUUCUACUGCGUUGCCAACUGUGACGUUCGUUCCCCGCGCCCCGACCCGACGCACGACGACGUUCGUACGGGCCGCCCCGAAAGGCCUGGCGCGCUUUGUGAGUUGCCGGGCCGGCGGAGGGGGCGGCUGCCGAGCGCUGACCUCGUACAAGGGCGGCCUGGGCGACUACGACCUGCUCAUCGUCGACUGCGACCCGCCGCCGAUGGACGGCAACGCCGCGGGGGCGACCGCAACCAACGACAACGUCGCAGCAACGGAAGACGGCGAAGAGGCGAGCUGGAAUUGUAGCGUGCAUCCCAGUGUGUUUUUCUUAUUGGGUACACUGGUGCUUACAACCUGCGCGACCGGAAUGUUAUGCGCAGCCAUCAUGACGGACCACUGGGAGGAGGUGACGUGGGACAUGGACAAACUUGAAACCCUAGCCAAUGGAAGUGUCAGGUUACAGUGGCUACUCGAUCGUACCGUAGCGCGAGUUUCCACGAACGAUAUGCGGGACCGCACGAUAGCUUUCCUCGUACCGAUGCAUGGAGGAAUAUGGACGUUGUGUCUUAGCUUAACAGAUGAAGAAAUUCAACUACUUGGAAGAGUAGGAUUUCGGUCGGUGCCACGUUGCGUCAACUACCUGGCAGGUGGCUCUGACGGUUUAAGAGGCUACGAACCCAGAGCAGAUUGGCAACACCGUAUGCAGAAUCUCUCAAUAUCGUGUGCUUUAGUGUGCCUAAUAGUCUUAGGCAGCGCAGCAUUGGUUGGAGCUUUUGGAGUGUUUCAGCACCAAAUUAGCGCUGUUUUAGUUACCGGAGUUAUGUAUUUAUUAGCUGCAUCGUUCGCUCUCUUCACCCUGACAAUAAUCCACUUCAAACGACUGCACAUCAAACCGAACGUAGAAUUGCACGAGGGCCCCGUGGACGGGGUGGUCAGCCCCAUGGGCGUCCGAGGGGUGGGCGAAUUACUCGCCGCCCGAAUUUUCACCACAUCCUGGUCGCUGGACCUCGGAUGGGGAGGCGUGAUGCUUUGCGUCAUGACCUCCGUACUCUGGAUACUACUUAGCAAGAUCAUGCGCUUCAACCCUAUAUCCAGCAUGAUCAACUGACAUCAGUGGGUUUAAGUUUUGUUUCGUUUUUAUGGUUAGGUUGGAAAACAGUUUGAUUAGUUUUUUUCGGAAUUGACAAACAUUAAUGUAUGAUGGACUCUUUUUGUUAAUUUACGACUUGUGGGUAUUGAAAUUGGAAAAACAUUACCAGGGCUAAUUCACAUUAUUGACAAUAAUAAUUUUUUUCUGAUUUCUAAAAUAAAUAAAAGGCAUCUUUCUUUUA